AUGAUUUCAGAAUCCAUCCCCACCGAACUCAUCACCGAGAUAUUGUUGAGAUUGCCGGCGAAGUCGGUUGCGAGAUUUCAAUGCGUGUCCAAGCUAUGGGCAUCAAUAUCGAGCCGUGCAUAUUUCACAGAGUUGUUCCUGACCAGGUCUUCCGCACAGCCGCGUAUCUUAUUCGCCAUUGAAAAAGAGGGUUUGUGGAGCAUCUUCUCGGUGCCUCAACGUGUGCGUCCAUAUGAGAACUCGCCGUCUUCGUCGUCUCUUGUGGUAGCCUCCGAGUUUCAUAUGAAGUUCCCACAGGAAAAUAUGAAAAUCUAUCCUCCUAGUGACCGACGAUUUGCAUGUGGCUAUGCCUCUGGCUUGAAUUAUUUCUAUGGCAUGUGGAUCAAAGACGAGGACUACGAAGGAGUGCCUGUGAUAUGUAACCCUAAAACGGGACGGUAUGAGACCUUACCUUUCUUGUUAAGGUACCGAAAGGCGUAUAGCUUUUUAGGGUUUGAUCCAGUUGACAAGGUAUUCAAGGUAUUGUUCAUGGCUUAUCCACGUUGUCAUGAUCAUCAUAAAAUUCUGACGUUAGGAGUUGGAGAAAUGAAAUGGAGAACAAUAAAAUGUCCCUUAAUUAAACAUGAGAGCGUGAGUGAAGGGAUAUGCAUCAAUGGUGUCUUGUAUUACUUAGCUGACAUGUCUGAGGGUUUGCCUGAUUCUGAGUCUGAGUCAGAUGAGGAGAUGACUGAUUUUAUGAUAGUUUGCUUUGACGUUAGAGGAUUUCAAGAAACAGGAAUGGUCAAAAUAUGA